AGUCAGUGGUCGAUUAGAGUCGUUGACAUUGGAAACUUACAAGUUUUGUGCGAACAGAUCCCACUUUUUGCAGGCAGAAAAUUUCCAAGAAUGAGUGUGACGUUUUUGACUCAAUUUCUGCACAAGUGCUUCAACGGUGGGCCGCCUUUGGCAGGUUUCUUCGGUUUUGGCGGAUAUUUUUUUAUGGACGAGAAACGGACACAAUCACAAGACAAGUAUCGCUUUCAAAGCGAAAUUCAACAAAUGAUGUUCGUUUUUGGCGAAGUCAGCGAUCCACUUCAGGAAACCACUAUGCUCGUCGAAGAUAUCGUUCGAUCCCAAGUCAUUGAAAUUAUUAUCCAAGCGGCAGCGCAAGCAUCCAGACGACGAUCGCGAUAUUUAAGUGCAGAAGAUCUCAUUUUCCUUAUGCGACAUGACCGAGCCAAAGUCAAUCGACUGCGCUCAUUUCUAAGCUGGAAGGACGUACGCAAAAACGCCAAAGACGCCUCUGGUGAUCAAGUGGAGGAAAUGGUUGAGGAUAGUAAUACAGGGAAACUGCAUCGAAGUAUUAUCAAAUUACCAUGGGAACUGGUCAAUCAAUUUUCAGAUGUGAUUGUCAAGUCAUCCAAUCCAGACGAAGAGUCCGAGGAUGAAGACGAGUUGGAGGCCUACAACGAUUCGAUUCAAAGGUUACGUGAUGCAGACGAAGUAACGCGAGCCAUGACCCGGGAGGAAUAUGUUCACUAUUCCGAAUGCCGACAAGCGUCUUUUACGUAUCGAAAAUCCAAACGAUUUAGGGAAUGGGCGAAUAUGAGCUCCUUUGUUGAAGUCCGGCCCAACGAUGAUAUUGUUGACAGUCUGGGGUUCCUAACCUACGAAAUGGUGUCCAAAUUGACCACUACGGCAUUAAAGAUCAAGCAGGACCUGAUGGAAGCAACGGGGAAAAAAGCAGAAGAACCUGUCAAUCUGAUUACCAAUUUAAAGCGCAAAAGGGAAGGGGAGGACCCGGGGAAACGCAGUGAAUCCGCCGAUGCCGAAGGUCCCGUGUCGCCGGCGACCGCGGCCGAACGGGAAGGCGACGGUCUGUUCUCCUUACCCACCAGUGAACAGACCCCUUUGCAACCCGAACAUAUCCAUGAAGCCUUUCGCCGUCUACAACAAGUCCCUCAACCCCUUAAAAACUUUCGCGGCGGUCUCGCUCGCACAAGAGUAUCCCUCAUCUAAAAAUUCAUUUGCAUAUUACCCCUCCUCGUAU